AUGUCUCCUUUUGGAUUUCAUACAACGAGCGAUGAGCUCGUCAAGGCCUUCUCCGACAAGGUCAAAGGCCGCACAUUUCUCAUAACCGGAACCACCGCAAAAGGUCUUGGCGCCCAGUGCGCCAUCUCCCUCGCCCGCGAAGGGCCGGCACACCUUAUUCUCGUGAGCCGGAACAAGGCCAAGGUCGAGCCCGUGCUGGAGGAGAUCGCAAGCAUCAAUCCCAACGUCAAGAUCACGUUCGUCACCUGCGAGCUGACGGACUUUGACUCCGUCCGCGCCGCCGCGGAGAAGAUCAACAAGGACGCUUCGAUCCCGAAGAUCGACGUCGUCAUCAACAACGCCGGCAUCAUGAACGUCAAGGAGUACACGCUGGACAAGCAGGGCAUCGAGCUGACGUUCUCGGCGGACCACGUCGGCCACUUCCUGCUGACCAACCUGAUCAUCGACAAGGUGGUCGCCGCCGCGCCCGGAGCCCGCAUCGUCAACGUGACGAGCAGAGGGUACGGCGUCGGGCCCUUCCGGGGCGACGACUACAACUUCUCCGGGGGCAAGGCGUACGACGGGUGGAGCGCGUACGGGCAAGCCAAGACCUCCAACAUCCUGUACUCGGCGGAGCUGUCGCGGCGGCUGGCGGGCAAGGGCGUCAAGGCGUACGCGCCGCACCCCGGCGCCAUCGCGACCAACCUGUCUAAGCACCUGGACAGGAGCGACUUCGAAGGCAUCCCCGAGGUGGUUCUGCGGAACACCGGCAAGGUGUGGGACUCGAACUACCAGAUGAAAACCCUGGGGCAGGGGGCGGCCCCUCUGCUCGCCGCGGCGCUGGACCCGGAUUUCGACGACAAGCCCGGCUCGUACAUCGAAGACUGCCAGAUUGUUACGCCGCACGAGUACGCUAGAGACCCGGAGGCUGCUCGCAAGCUGUGGGAGAUAAGCGAGAAAUUGGUGGGCCAGAAGUUUGACUUUUAA